GGCAGUUCCAUAAUCUCGCGAUAACGCAGCGGCCUUUCCCAUUCCCAAAUCACGUGAUGCGGAGAGACUCUUCACCGCUGCCAGAUGGACGUUUCGCACGCUCCAUGUGGCCCGGGUAGUUUCUGAAAGCAUAAGCAUGGAGAUGAUGAAGAUAGAGCAAGUCAUUGUCGGGGGUGAGAAGAGAUCCACCUCAGCGGAGAUCAAGUCUGAGCCCGCGGUCGUCCCUCUGCAGUCCUAUCAGCAUGAGAGUCUGCAGUGUUUUCAGUGCUUCAUCACUUUCUGUAACUCCAAAGCCAAGGAGAGACACAUGAGGAAGAGUCACCGGGACCAAUACAAGCUGCAGCUGCAGCAGACUGAUACAGUCUUCACUUGCUACAAGUGUGACAAGAGCUUCUCCUCCUCUGAGGAGCUCAGCCAGCACCAGGCCACCCACAGCAGAGAGGAGAAGCCCUUCCGCUGUCCUUACUGCCGGAAAAACUUCUUUACCUUCACUGAGCUGAACAAACACAGACGACAUGAGUGCAUAGAACGACGGUGUCCCUGCAGGGACUGUGGCGCUUUGUUCCCCAGUCCUUCACGACUUCGUAACCAUCGCAUGGCAAUGCACCCCCAGCACCCGGUAGUGGCUGAUGACAUCAACACCUACCAAUGCUGCAAAUGUGGUCGUGGUUUCCAGACAGAAGAGGAGCUUCUGCAGCACCAGGAGAGAUUUGCUAGUGAACUAAACUGUGACGUUAAGCCGCAAGGAAAAAAACGUGGCCGUAAACCCAAGAACGCCGCUCAAGGAGGGAGGAUUGACAGCAAGAAGAUCAAAGAAGAAGAGGGAGCAGAGGAAUGCGAAGUAUACAAUGACUCGGAGGGAUGUCCCUCCAAUGAGCUACAAACAGAGCUCAAGAUUCCUUGUUCUGAAGCAGAUUGUGACCUCGUAUUUCCUUCUGUUGCAGCCCUGCGGGCACACAAGAGGCACAAGCAUGGGGCUCCACCUCGUAAGGCUCACACAUGCACAGAGUGUGAUGAGAGCUACUCUCGACCUGAACAGCUCAAAACACACAUGGCCAGGGCUCACUGCUCUGGAUACACCUGCCCUACCUGUGGAGAGAGCUUUGCACGAGAGAGACUCCUAAAGAUCCACCAGAACACCCACAUGGAGAGAGAGGAGGUCACUACCUUAUUCUCCCUCAAGUGUGGGAAUUACAUGGAGAAUGUAAGUCCUAAACGUAAUAAGAUCCAACAUCUGAUAAAUGGGCAGUGUAUAAGAUUCUGUACUAUUGGCCAUCAAUAAUGUGAUUUUGGGGUCUUUUUUUUCUCUUUCCAAAAAUAAAUAAUUGUUUAAUUUAUAAUA